CCUGAAUGUGGUAGGACUCGUUUUCAGCCCAGCCAAGGAAGGAGGGAGCGAGACCUGGGGCCGGGAAGGAGCCGCUGCCCUGCGCUCUGCCCCCGACGCCCUCGCCCCUUCGGGGCUCUGUCCGGACCAUGGUUGGAGACCAUUGUAACCUCCCGGGGGACAGAGCCAUGCUCGGCCCGCCCCCCAAAACGGGUCUGAGUUGCAAGAUGGUCCUGCAGGCCGUGGGUAAAGUGCUCAGGAAGUCCAAGGCAAAGCCGAAUGGGAAGAAGCCCGCCCCUGAAGAGAAGAAGUUGUACCUGGAGCCAGAGUACACCCAAUCUAGAAUUACGGACUUUGAAUUCAAGGAGCUGGUGAUGCUGCCGCGGGAGAUCGACCUCAACGAGUGGCUGGCCAGCAACACGACUACCUUCUUCCACCACAUCAACCUCCAGUAUAGCACAAUCUCCGAAUUCUGCACAGGAGAUACUUGUCAGACCAUGGCCGUGGGCAACACGCAAUACUACUGGUAUGAUGAACGGGGAAAGAAGACCAAGUGCACGGCUCCCCAGUACGUCGACUUCGUCAUGAGCUCGGUGCAGAAGCUGGUUACUGACGAGGACGUCUUCCCCACGAAGUAUGGCAAGGAGUUCCCCAACUCCUUCGAGUCGCUGGUGAAGAAGAUCUGCAGAUACCUGUUCCACGUGCUGGCGCACAUCUACGCAGCGCACUUCAAGGAGACGCUGGCCCUGGAGCUGCACGCACACCUGAAUACCCUCUACACGCACUUCAUCCUGUUCAUCCGAGAGUUCAACCUGGUGGACUCCAAGGAGGUUACGGUCAUGGACGACCUCACGGAGGUCUUGUGCAGCGGCAGCGGCAGCGGCAGCGGCGAUGGCAGCGGGGGCGGCGGGGGCAGCGGCGGUGCACAGAACCACGUGAAGGAGAGAUGAGCCUUCCCUGGGGACCCAAGCCUAGUCUCUAUUCGAUUUCUGCACGUGCAGGCACACGUGGGUGUGCGCACGCGCGUGGGUGUGCGCGCCAGGUUCUGCGGCUGUGGAUGCUCACACCCACCCACGAGCGCACACCCACGCGCGCCUGCACGCUCACGGACUCAGCAGUGGACGUUUGGGAGAUGGGGCAGUGGACGUCCCCAGGACUCGCGGGACGGGCGCCAUGGCUGCGCCGAUGACAUUUGGGGGCUUGUCCUGGUUCCAUUCUCUUGGCUGGCUAGGGGAACCCCCGCCUGAGUGGGACUGAUGUUCGGGCCGGUCCGUGUCUCGUUUUGUUCUGGGCUUUUUCCUGUCUUUGGUUUCCUAUGCAGAGAAGUCGCUCCCAGCAAUCUGUUCUGAAAAGUGACUUUUCCUUUUGAAGUGGACUAAGGGGCCGACUCCUCGUCUGGGCUUCUUUGGGUUUCAUUUGGACCUGGAUUCCCCUCGAGCUAUGCCACCCCGGCCCACAGAGGGUGUAGUUGGGGAAAGAAGGGCGUGGCCAGGGUGCCACCGGAGACCUGGCCAGGGCCAUGACGUCACCACGUCGGCUUCUUUUACUUCCAUCUGUUCAAUAAUAAUAAUAAAAAAAUCCUCCCCCAG